AUGUCUGGCCUCGCAAGCAGGCUUCUCGACGCGGCACUCGAGGAUGGGGACAUGCGCGGCCCGCUGGGCGGCAUGUUCCCCGCCGACCUCCCCGUCCCUUCGUUCGCCGACGCCCUCGCGCCGCUGAGCGACAAGCUGCCAAAGGUCGACCCGAGCAAGGGCCAGCUCGCGAAAAUGGCGUGGAAGAAGGCCGGCAGCAUCCAGGCCCAGUUCCCGUCUCUGACUCGCGACGAGGAGAAGAACCGGCAGGCGGCGAGGCCGUGGCGAGACUUUGUGUGGCUGCUGCUGCACGCGCUGCGCAAGCUGCCGCCGAGCAAGGCGCGCGUCGUCUACCGAGGCAUGUCCGGAUCAGAGCUGGCUGAGGGAGCCGAGCUGCAGUGGUCGGCCUUCUCCAGCACGGCGACUAAGGUUGACGUGAUGGAGGUUUUCCUCCACACGAAGGAGGCCACCGCGGGAGCACGCACCAUGAUCCACCUGGAGCUCACCGAGCCGGUUGGCCGCGACGUCUCUGCCUUCUCCCUCUACCCGCAAGAGUGCGAGGUGCUGCUCCCCCCCAACGUCUGCUUUGAGGUCGUGUCGCACUACAACGCCGGCAGCGGGCUCGUGAUCGUGCGGGAUGGAGUUGCCGGCCGACGCCGAUGA